AUACGCAAAAUCUUCUAAAACGAAGCUGUGGAUGAUCAGGGCCACGACAGCGGUGUUGUUGUGGACUUGUUUGGUUCAGUUGACGGCGUUAGGAGAUACAUGGGGGCCUAUGGUUUUGAAAGGCUGGCCUUCUCGUGAGACUCUUUCUGCUUCUGCUUUAGAUGUCAAAUUGUUGCCCAUUGUUCCUGCCAGAGUUCUUCCACCCAAGAGGGUUUACAAGAACAAUGGUUACCUACUGAUUUCAUGUAAUGGAGGAUUAAAUCAAAUGCGAUCUGCUAUAUGUGACAUGGUUGCAAUCGCAAGAUACUUGAAUGUUACUCUCAUUGUUCCUGAAUUGGACAAAUCUUCUUUCUGGGCUGAUCCAAGUGAGUUUGAGGACAUUUUUGAUGUUGAUCAUUUCAUAACAUCUUUGAGAGAUGAAGUUCGGAUACUUAAAGAGCUUCCAAUUAGGCUUAAAAAGAGAGUGGAAUUAGGACUCAUACACACCAUGCCUCCCAUUAGUUGGUCUGAUAUUUCAUACUACCACAACCAGAUUCUUCCUUUGAUUCAAAGAUUCAAAGUUUUGCAUUUGAAUAGAACGGAUGCUCGCCUUGCCAAUAGUGGUCAACCCUUUGACCUUCAAAAACUCAGAUGUCGAGUAAAUUUCAGUGCUUUGAGAUUCACUAGUCAAAUUGAAGAACUGGGUAAACGAGUUGUGAAUCUUUUGAAACAAAAAGGACCUUUUUUAGUCCUUCACCUCAGAUAUGAAAUGGACAUGUUAGCAUUUUCUGGGUGUACUCAAGGAUGCAAUGAUGAAGAAGUGGAAGAGUUGACUAGAAUGAGGUAUGCUUACCCUUGGUGGAAAGAAAAGAUUAUAAACUCUGAAUUAAAACGAAAAGACGGGUUAUGCCCUUUAACUCCUGAAGAAACUUCUCUUGCAUUAAGGGCACUUGGGGUAAAUAGUGACAUCCAGAUUUACAUUGCUGCUGGUGAAAUAUAUGGUGGAGAAAGAAGAAUGGCUAGUCUUAAAUCCACCUAUCCAAAUCUGGUGAGAAAAGAGACUCUUUUGGGAGCAGAUGAGCUUGGGUUUUUUCAGAACCACUCGUCUCAAAUGGCAGCAUUGGAUUAUCUUGUAUCACUGGAAAGUGACAUUUUUGUCCCUACUUUUGAUGGAAAUAUGGCCAAAGUUGUUGAAGGUCAUCGGAGAUAUUUGGGUUUCAAGAAGACGAUAUUAUUGGAUAGAAGAUUACUUGUUGAAUUGAUAGACAAAUACACAAGUAAAUUAUUAAAUUGGGAUGAAUUCUCAAAUGCUGUGAAAGAUGCUCAUGCAAAUCGCAUGGGUAACCCCACAAAAAGAUUGGUGAUUCCAGACAAACCCAAAGAAGAAGAUUACUUCUAUGCAAAUCCAGAGGAAUGCUUUCAUCCCUCAUCACAAAAUGAACCUGUGAAUAUAAUCCAAUGAUUCAUGCAUCCAACAAUUUUCGUUAAUCUGUAUCAGUCUUGUCCUGUUCUGUCCAGUCCUGUCCUAUCCAAUGAUUUAAGAGGCGGUGAUUUAUUAAUCUCUGACUCUUUUUUAAUCUUUUUGUCAAUAACUACGAUUCGUGUAUAGUUAUUACCCUCACAUUCCGGGGUUAUAUUGGUUACAACUCGUUCAUAUACAAGAAAAAUGUUUGAGAUAUGAAUUUAUUUAGCUUAAUUCAUUUAUUUUUGUAUGUAUAAUUUGUGGGAUAAUUUUUUUAUUUGUUGACUAGUGGAUUUGUGUAUUAACUGGUGGAGGCAUUAUAUACAAAGAGAUUUUUUUUUUUUUUUUGGAAUAAUGUGACAUGUUUGAAUAAUGCAAGAAAGUGGG